AUGAAUGACCUGUCGGUCUACUGGAGUGGGGACAGGAAGAAGCCUGCCUACAGCUACGCACCGCAGCUUGUGCGUCUGCCACAGCAUAUCGUGUCACGGUACGUGAACAUGCACAUGGAUGAGGAGACAGCAGAGUGGCUGAAGCUAGCAGCAGAUGUGAAUGUCACGAAGCUCUUAAUCUGUGGCAUUUUACGCGGUUUUGUCUCACAUACAACGGCCAACGGGAUAAUGAACCGUGGUGGAAUGUUUGUCAUCUCCACAGCACAGGCUGCGCAGCUCCUAUUGGGCACGAAGCAAGGCCAACAAAUUCCAACGAAACCGGUGUUCGGGACACUAUUGGAUAUUGGCGCCGGCGAUGGCGGCGUUACAUCACGGCUACAGCCACUGUUCCACCACGUGACUGCCACGGAAUACUCAAUUCCCAUGCGAUGGCGUCUCUGGUGGCGUGGCUACGAGGUGCUUCCAUACCAAGACCCGUUCAAGAACAAGGAUGGAUCGCGGCGGUGCUACGAUGUGAUUGCAUGUUUAAAUGUGUUGGAUCGCACCGAUAAGCCGUGUGAGUUGCUUCACUCUAUGCGUGACUCGCUGUCGCCUGAUGGCAGAGUUCUUAUUGCGGUUGUUUUACCGUGGUGCCCCUUCGUUGAGGAUGGAACCAGGCAGCGGCGUCCGUUGGAGACGCUGCAAAUGGAGGGAGGCGAAUGUUGCCGUGGCGCCAGUUUUGAGGAUUCUCUUCAACGACUUGUGGAUAAUGUCUUUAUUCCCAGCGGCUUUAAAAUAGAGCGGUGGUGUAAGCUGCCUUACUUUUGCCAAGGUAAUUUGAGAGUGGAGUACGCUGUUCUUCACGAUGCCGUUUUUGUCUUGAGGAGGAGUGACGGUGACUCAACUUCUUUGGGCCAAGAAGACGAGCAACACGGCAGGAGGGACCCAUGA